GUAAAUCGGUAGAGUCCAGAGAUGGGGCUCGGACGGGGCGCCCUGCACCGCCUCCCAGGCGCACCUCUCCGGGCCGCCGACCGCUCUCCGCACCCGUGAUUGGCCCAGCCCCUCGGGGGCGACCCUGCACUGGGCCCCAGCCUGCAGCCGCCCCCUCGGCUCCUCUUCUCAGCAGUGCCCGCGGCUCCAAGGCGCGCUUGUUUUUCUCCUCUCCCUCGCCGCCGUCCCCUGCCCAAAUCGCUCUCCCUCCGCCCUCUCCCGAGCCCCCCGGAGCCUCCGCCCGCUUCGCCCCUCCUCGCUGCGGCGUUCCCUCUCCCCGCAGUUUGCAUUUGCACCCCUUCCCCCUCAAACCUCCACCGGCGCUCCAGUCGCCCUUCUUCCCCUUCUGCCUGCGGCACCCCUUCAUCUCUCGCCGUCGCCCCCCACCCCGAAUCAGGCGACCUCCGGAGAUGUGAAGGAGGGGGGCGAGCGGACAGGAAGAUGAAGGGAGCGAAGCUGCCCGCCGCGGGACAGGCGUCUAGGUGAACAAGAAAAUGACCGAAGAAACACACCCGGACGAUGACAGCUAUAUCGUGCGUGUCAAGGCUGUGGUUAUGACCAGAGAUGACUCCAGCGGGGGAUGGUUCCCACAGGAAGGAGGCGGGAUCAGUCGCGUCGGGGUCUGUAAGGUCAUGCACCCCGAAGGCAACGGACGGAGCGGCUUUCUCAUCCACGGGGAGCGACAGAAGGACAAACUGGUGGUGUUGGAGUGCUAUGUCAGAAAGGACUUGGUCUACACCAAAGCCAACCCGACAUUUCAUCACUGGAAGGUCGACAAUCGGAAGUUCGGACUGACUUUCCAGAGCCCCGCUGAUGCUCGGGCCUUUGACCGGGGAGUGAGGAAAGCCAUCGAAGACCUCAUAGAAGGCUCCACCACAUCCUCUUCCACCAUCCACAAUGAAGCUGAGCUCGGUGACGAUGACGUGUUUACAACAGCUACAGAUAGUUCUUCUAACUCCUCUCAGAAGAGGGAACAACCUACUCGGACAAUCUCUUCUCCUACAUCCUUUGAGCACCGGAGAAUUUACACCUUGGGCCACGUCCAUGACUCGUUCCCCACCGACCCCUAUCACCUCGAACAGCCGCCGCAAAGGCCCUACCGCCAGGUGAGCUUCCCGGACGACGACGAGGAGAUCGUGCGCAUCAACCCCCGGGAGAAGAUCUGGAUGACGGGAUACGAGGAUUACCGGCACGCCCCGGUCCGGGGCAAGUACCUGGACCCCGCCGAGGACGCGGACUCGUACGUGCGCUUCGCCAAGGGCGAGGUGCCCAAGCACGACUACAACUACCCCUACGUGGACUCCUCGGACUACGGCCUCGGUGAGGACCCCAAGCGCCACGGGGGCAGCGUGAUCAAGACCCAGCCCUCGCGGGGCAAGUCCCGGCGGCGGAAGGAGGACGGGGAGCGCUCCCGCUGCGUGUACUGCAGGGACAUGUUCAACCACGAGGAGAACCGGCGGGGCCACUGCCAGGAUGCGCCCGACUCCGUGAGAACUUGCAUCCGCAGGGUGAGCUGCAUGUGGUGCGCGGACAGCAUGCUCUAUCACUGUAUGUCGGACCCCGAGGGAGACUACACAGACCCUUGCUCGUGCGAUACCAGCGACGAGAAGUUUUGCCUCCGGUGGAUGGCUCUUCUUGCCUUGUCUUUCUUGGCCCCCUGUAUGUGCUGUUACCUGCCCCUCCGGGCCUGCUACCACUGUGGCGUGGUGUGCCGGUGCUGCGGCGGGAAGCACAAGGCGGCCGUAUGACUCAGUUUCCCUCCUGCCCCCCGCCACCGUCCACAGCCACGAGAGAUUUACUCGUCUCUAGCACCGCCUCCCCUGCUCCCUUCGGCCCGAAGGAGCAGAGCGAGCAAGAAGCCGCCCAGCUCCCCGGUUCCUUAACGACACCAUUCCAGCCCGGGGAGCCUGCCCGGCGGACUCUGCCGUCGACCCCGCACCCCGAGCCAUGCACACUCUGCGGCGGCCGCCCCCGCACCCGCCCCCACGCACGCACAGUGUUCAACGGAAAGGAACCUUCGGUAGAGACGCUCCUGUAUUCUUAACGACCUGUAAUCAAGCUAAAUGUCUUAUCCAUGUGUUCAUUUCCUGUCGUUGCCCCGCCACCUCUUCCAGUCCAGAGGAGUCUGUAGUCCAAACU